AUGUCCGACAUCGUGAGCGAUACCGGAUCAGAUGUCUCACAAACGAGUACUGCCCCGACAAACGAGCAGCUUUACGACUAUAACCAAUGCAUAUCCGCUCUUGAGGGAAGGAGCGUCCCAGAGGACCUCACCUCUGCCGCCGCACGAUGUGCAGUAGUCAGAGGCCUGCGCUGCUCCUACAGCUUUGCAAUGAGUCAGAGCAUUCGAGACCUGUGUACUUCAUCACGGUUCUCUGAGUUCCUUAGGGCACGCAAUGCUCGUCUCAUCAUGAGCAACGUUGUUCCUGAUGGCCUUGAGAUCCCUGAAGCCCAGCCCUAUUGUAUCUGGAACCCGGAUUUUGCUACAGAGCGUACUUAUCGCCAGAUAGCUGUACAAUACCCCGUUAUGCGAUACCAAGUCGGUCGUGCGUGUGCUGCUGCCGGCUAUAUCAACCUUUACCGGGAGCUUGACCUCCUUCCUGAUGUUUCUAUCGCGGAGGAGGCUCGAGAGGGGCAUACAGAGCAGGGUGACCAGAUAUACGCAUCAAUCAUGUCCUCGCCAGUCAAAUACGCUGUGAUGGAUGAUUAUAAACGCCUCAUAAACGAUGAUAGCCCGCAGCCCGCCUUUCUGAAUGGAGAGACGCAUGUUCGGUGGAAGCUGGGGUGGCGGUAUACUUUGUCACAAGAUGCCACCGAGGAGUUCAGCCCUCAGGAGAUUGAUAUUGAAGAGGAUCGAUAUAUAGGGCUCGAGACCCGGCAACCAGAUGAGUCUCUCUACGAUGAAUUGGACCCACAGGAGGCGAGGCUGCUUUGGGAGCCCCUGCCUCUUGAUAUACCAACGAUGAAAAAGGGGCUGCUACGCCAGAUGGCCGCCUUUGAAGGGAAUGUUGACCGAUAUGCCCGACUCAUCAACCGCCGAUCUCGGAGGCCAAUUGCAAGGAAUGGAGUUGAAUUACUUUGCGUUGUUCGUGGGAUAUACCAUCACACAAUGUUUGCUCGGUGGUGGCAGCACCAGCUUGAUACUGACGCCUUCAAAGACCGAAUCACGGAUAAUUGGCGAGUCGAGAUUCAAACGGCCAUUAAUGCCCGCCGCAUCAUGAUCAACGACAUUGGAACAUUUACCGAAGACACCCCUUGCAAGCCUUGGCUUAUCUGGUAUCCUCUUAAGCCGGAGCUAUCUACCAUUGCUGAUCUUUCUAGACGGUGCCCUUCCAUGAAUUUGCAGAUUGCCAUUACUGCCAUAUACUGCAACUAUAAAGGGCUAUAUGAAAGGCUCAAUAUGCGGCCUAGCAUCGGGCUCAUGGAGGCGGCAGAGAAAGUCAGCAAUCCAUUCUACAAAAGCGACCUAGAAAAGCGGGCAGCAGAACUAGGAAUUAGUAACCCUUGGAAUGAAGGGGAGUUUCGACCUUUUGACGACGUGCAUGGAACUUUAUCUUAUAACCUGGAGCCGACGGGCUGCGGCAUCUGGACCCGUCUUCGCUCAGAUAUUAUGGAUCCACUAAGUGGAGGCUACUAUAGGAAGAACUUCGCUUACGGAGGGUAUUUUGAGAGAUACGUCUGGCUGUCAUUUGAAACGAUUCGGAAAAUGGAGGUCGCUGGUUACAACAGGGAGCAGGGCCAGUUCUUUGAUUGCAAUGAUACGCGCUGGUUUCUGACGCAUGACAUCACGACGGACGAGGAUGGGAAUGAGGUUAUCAACGGAAGUGAUGGCGAGUAA